AUGGAGGAAAAGGAGACGAAAAUUGAGCUGAAGGAAUUGGGAAUGAAUUUGUGGGCUGAGGAUGAUUUGGAUGAAAGUGAUAAAGAAAAGAAGAUGAAGAUGCCGAUGAAAUUGACAAUGGACAGAAAAUUUGCAUCUUCUAAAGAAUUUGAAGCAGCAAAACUUGCACGAACCCAAGCGAGAAAUAAAAAGUUACGAUCGAGAGAGAAUCGGGAGAGAGCAAAUGUGCCAUGUCAUGUUAUGAUGAGUGCCUCCUGUAGAGAAUUGAUUGAAGACAUAUUGAAAAAAGUAGGACAAAUGCAAACGAAAACGGUGCAAGUGGACGAGAAACUGGAUUUUUCCGAGCAGAAACAAUUACAAGCAGUCGAGUGUCAAAAGAAAAUUAUACAGAGAUUGAAAGCGUUUGGAUUUGCACUGCCACAGAUCCAAGAAGCGUUGCAGAACUGUUCACGUGAUCUGAGCAGGAGUGAUGAUGCCUACAUGUCGACUAUCUUUGAUUGGUUGUGUUUGAACAUCCCAGAAAAAGAAUUACCCAGGAAGUUUAAUCCGGAGGGAACACAGCUUGAUGUGGUCUUAAGUGCUUCGUCGUCGGGAUCAGCGGAAUCAGCACGUACAGCUGUGCUGGUUGAGAGACUCAUGAAGUUUGGGUAUGACCAUCAAGAUGCUCUAUCUAUGGCAAACGAGUUUGUACAAGAGAAUCCUAGUAUUAGCGAUGCGGAAUUGAAGGCUCCAUCAAUGGCGACCCUCUUCGCUCUCGUAGAGAAGCUAUUCCCGCAUGUUAAAAAGCACUUUAGCUUAGAAAAGAUUGAUGGUGCCGUUGAGGUCCCUAGUAACAAGGAGGAGCUGCUGAACCAGCGUCAAGAUGAGUUCUUUGCUCUAGAGGCUAUAUACGAUGAGAAGCUGAAGAUCACAACACUGGAAAAAAAUGGAUCAAGCGCCCAGCUUUUGACGUUUGAAGUUACCGAUAGCAUCCGAUUGUACAUCUAUCUGCCAAGCACAUCCAACUAUCCAUUCGAGUUACCGCUAGUUGCCUCGACAUCAACUGAGGCAAUACAUCAGCCGCAUUUGCUUGCUGCAUGUGGAGAAGCACUAAGGAGCUGUGUGCACUCUAUGGGCGAUCCAAUGUUAUACGAUAUUUACGUUACAAUUGAUACGUAUUUACAGGAUAAGAAACGACUGUCAACUAGACCGUUUCGAAUACAGCUCUUGAAAACGUUUAUUGCGGUGGAAGAAUCUGUCACAGCGACUUCCAGCACAACUGAGGGACAAAAAGGUGACACUCUCAAGUCGCGGAAAAAGAAAAAGGGUCGGGGUGAUAAUCCCAGCAAGAACUUGAAUCACUACCAGCCGAAACGUGUUGAUGUGGAAGCUGUGCGUCAGAUAAGCGAAAACUUGUUGAAGGCAAGGAAAGCGAAGGAUGGCCAGCAUGACUUUCGACAGAUGCUUUCCGCUCGCGCAAAACUUCCUGCAGGCAAGGAAGACGCCCAAGUAAUUAAGUGUGUGCAGAACAACCAGGUGGUACUUAUUUGUGGUGCCACGGGUUGUGGCAAGACUACUCAAAUCCCACAGUUCAUUUUGGACGAGUAUAUUAACCGCGGCGCUGGUGGCGAAUGUAACAUCAUCUGUACUCAGCCACGGCGAAUUGCUGCUAUUGGUGUGGCUACUCGCGUUGCACAGGAGCGGUGUGAAGAUAUUGCCGACAUUGUUGGAUACCAGAUUCGUAUGGAUGCAAAGAAAUCGUCCAACACGCGAUUGCUAUUCUGCACGACGGGUGUCUUGCUUCGACGUUUACUGAACGAUCGGCAACUAUCUGGCGUCUCACAUGUAAUAGUCGAUGAGGUUCACGAGCGUAAUGUGGAUACCGAUUUCUUGCUGUCGAUUCUCCGAGACUUGUUACCUCAGCGCCCAGACCUGCGAGUUAUUUUAAUGAGUGCUACGAUGAACUCCGAACUUUUUGUGAAAUACUUUUCCUCAGUUACCAGGACGCCGUGCCCUGUCUUGGACAUUCCUGGCUUUACCUUUCCAGUGGAGUGCAACUUCCUGGAGGAUAUUCUUGACCAAACCCACUACGAUGUGCCAAAGUAUUUGCUGAAGAGAAAGAAAACCAAAAAGGAGGGCGGCGAUGGUGAAGAUGCGGAAGAAAAACCGUUUGCCGCGCAGACGCCAGAGGAUAUUGCGGCAUGUGUUGACGAUUCCGAGAUUGACUACGACCUCAUUGUACAUUUAGUGCGCUUCCUUGUUUUAGAUAAGGCGCAAAAUGCUGGUACUGCCAAUGGAGCCAUCCUCGUGUUCUUGCCAGGAACCGCUGAAAUCAAGCGACUAGUUGAGAUGCUAACCCAUGGAAAUGGCGGGUUAUCGUCUAAAUUGUGGGCACUUCCCCUCCACGGCUCUCUCUCUGGAGGUGACCAGGCGACGGUGUUUAAGUCUGCUCCCGCCGGUAAGACAAAGGUCAUCGUUAGUACCAACAUUGCCGAAACUUCCAUCACUAUCAACGAUAUUACUGCCGUGAUUGAUUCCGGAAAAGUGAAGGAGAUGGUAUAUGACAACCGUGCGCGUCGGUCUCAGCUACUGGACUGCUGGGCAGCUCGUGCAGCGUGCGACCAGCGCAAGGGUCGUGCAGGACGUGUACAGGCCGGUACGUGCUACCGACUGUUCUCGCGCAAGCGAUUCGCGGCCAUGGAUGCGCAGCUGUCUGCUGAGAUCCAUCGCGUGUCACUUGAGCAGCUUUGCUUGCAGAUUAAGAAGCUGGAAUUUGGCUCGAUCAAGGGUUUUCUCUCGAAAGCUAUCGAGCCGCCUGCUGAGGAUGCUAUUGACGCAGCUAUCCAAGAACUGGUGGAUAUUGCUGCAUUCCGGAUCGUUAGUCCCAAGAAAAAUCUUCACAUUGGCAUCAAGAGCAUUGAUGACGAAGAGGUAGUCUUGACGCCCCUUGGCAAUCACUUGGCCAUGCUGCCUCUCGAUGCUCGGAUUGGGAAGUUUCUGGUGUACGGAUCAAUUCUGCGCUGUAUUCAACCGGUGGCUAUCAUUGCUGCGUGUAUCUCGAGUCGCAACCCGUUCCUGGUAAGCAUGUCGGACCCUGAAAUGCGCGCUAAGCAGGAGGCAUUAAAAAAGGAGCUGGGUGGUAGCUGGAAGAGUGACCAUUUGCUACUAUGGAAAGUAGUCGAGCGCUAUAUGCCGUUGCGUGGCCAGAAGAUGAAGCGUGAAUUUUGUCGCGACAUCGGGCUUUCCUAUGACACCAUGGAGUCUAUCUUGGAUCUGAAGCAGCAGUACUUGCAGCAACUGGACAACAUUGGCUUUUACGAGUCGUGCAACGCUGACAACCUCAACGAGAAUUCAAACGCGCCCCGAAUAAUUAAGGCCGCACUUUGUGCCGGUCUGUACGCAAAUGUGGUGCAAGUGGUGUACCCGGAACAAAAGUACUUCCAAUCUGCUCACGGCGUGGUCGAGGAGGAUCACAACGCAAAGCAGAUCCGAUAUUUUGUGCGAUCGACGACGGAGGCAGGCCAGCGCGAGCGUGUGUUCCUUCAUCCGUCGUCUUGCAACUUUACUCAGACGAAUUACGAUUCACCCUGGCUGCUGUACACAGAACUUGUACAAACUUCCAAAAUCUUUGUGCGAGAGAGCACCAUGGUGAACCCGUACGCGCUGUUGCUAUUUGGAGGCCAACUUGAGGUGAUUCACGAAAAGAACUUGCUCACACUAGACGGUUUCAUUCGUUUUAGCGCUGUAGCCCGUAUCGGCGUGCUCAUCAAGUCCAUUCGCCAACAUUUGGACCGACUGCUGAUGGAGAAAAUUGCCGACCCUAGCGUCGAUAUCGCGCAGAGUCAGUUGGUGACGGCCAUUAGCCAUUUGCUCAAAAGUGAAGGGAUGUACGCUGGUGCGUAA